GACCAUUCGGAUGAAUCGCUCGGGAUCGCAGUUUCGUGAGAGCAGUCCAUCAGUGCGGUUGUGUAGCGAUGAUUGUCUUUUUGCUGACUGUGGCACUGUGUGCGCUCGUCCUGUGGCUCUAUAGGAUCAACAAGGACUACUACAUUUUGGCAUUUUUCUCCCGACGAGUCCGCACCAAGGAUGGCAGGCCCGUGGAAAGUAUAUUGCCCUCGCCCAAAGGUCGGACGAUCUUUGCCAACUGCUUCGAUAUGUACGGCAAAGACCUCGCUGGCGUUUUUAGCUACUCUCGAGAGCUGUCCCAAAGAUUAGGAGAAAGCUAUUUGGAAUAUGGCAUGGGCGUGCCCUUACUGAACAUUAUCGAUGCAGAGAACGCCGAGAACAUACUGAAUCAUCCGAAACUGAUAACCAAAAGUCUGGUGUACGAUUUUCUACAGCCAGCCCUUAGAACUGGUCUUCUGACAUCUACAGAAAAGAAAUGGCACGCUCGCCGCAAGAUGCUCACUCCCACAUUCCAUUUCAAUAUACUGGGACAGUUCCAGGAGAUCUUUAGAGCCGAAAGUCUGAAGUUUGUGCAGCAGUUUCAAAGUCAAGACGAGAGCAUCGUUUCCCUGAGCGAUCUUAUACCCAGAUUCACUCUGAACAGCAUUUGUGAGACUGCCAUGGGCGUAAAGCUGGAUGAAAUGGCCGAGAAAGGUGAUCGUUACCGCGAGGGCAUCCACAUGAUCGAAAUGAGCUUCAUCAGGCGCCUAAGCAAUCCUCUCCUGUGGAACAAAACUAUCUAUAAUUGGUUUGCCGCCAAGACGUAUGAUGCAUUCUUAAAAACGGUCCACGAAUUUUCCAGCGAGAUCAUUGCCAAGCGGAGGAUACUGCUCGAGGAGGAGCUGGAACACAGAAGAUCGACUCAGACAGCCGAUGAUGAUAUAUUCGGAAGCAGGAAGAAACGUUUUGCCAUGCUGGACACCCUGAUUUGUGCAGAGAAAGAUGGCCUUAUUGAUCAUGCCGGGAUAUGCGAGGAGGUGGAUACUCUAAUGUUUGAAGGAUUCGACACUACCUCCAUCGGCCUUAUCUUCAGCCUGAUGAACAUGUCCCUGUAUCCCGAAAAGCAAGAGCUUUGCUACAAGGAGAUCGAAGAGCACAUAGACGAUAACUUUGACAAUCUGGACAACAAUCAGUUGAGCAAACUGAAGUACCUGGAAUACUUUAUAAAGGAAACUAUGCGCCUGUUCCCCUCCGUUCCGAUCAUGGCUCGUCAGACCAUCCAAGAGACGGAGUUGGCCAAUGGCCUCAUCCUUCCCGAACGCUCUCAAAUCACUAUUCACAUUUUUGAUGUUCAUCGCAAUCCCAAGUACUGGGACUCUCCAAAUGAAUUCCGUCCGGAGCGCUUCCUUCCCGAGAAUUGCCAGAACCGGCAUACCUAUGCCUACAUUCCGUUCAGUGCGGGGCAACGGAACUGCAUUGGUCAAAAAUUUGCCAUGCAGGAGAUGAAGACUCUGAUUGUUGUCCUUCUCAAGAAAUUCCGGAUUCUACCCCUGAUCGACCCCAAGACGAUUGUCUUUAAUGUGGGCAUUACACUGCGGACACAGAACAACAUUCAAGUAAAGCUUGUGAGACGGAAGUGAUUCUUCGGGCGUAGUUGGUAUUGGUUUGUCCUGGACGGCUGUAAUAGUAUAGCAGAUGUCGUUAAACGUUCAGAAAUAUACAUAGGAUAUCUUUAUAGCUGCCAUCUAAUCGAUUGAGUUAAUAAAACCUCGUAAUAUUAAACGAACAAGUUCAACUUGA